GGAGGACUCAAGGCCYGCAGGCAGGCACCCCGGCCCAGCCAUGACCCCCUGGCGCAAAACUGACAAGGAGCGGCAGGGUGUGGCCAUAUACAACUUCCAAGGCAAUGGAGCCCCCCAGCUCCCGCUGCAGAUCGGUGAUGUGGUGCGAAUCCAAGAGACCUGUGGAGACUGGUAUAGGGGAUACCUCAUAAAGCAUAAAAUGUUACAGGGCAUCUUUCCCAAGUCUUUCAUCCACAUCAAGGAAGUGACUGUCGAGAAAAGAAGAAAUACUGAGAACAUCAUUCCUGCAGAAAUCCCUCUGGCACAAGAAGUGACAACGACACUUUGGGAAUGGGGGAGCAUCUGGAGACAGCUCUAUGUGACCAGCAAAAAGGAGCGCUUCCUGCAAGUGCAGUCCAUGAUGUAUGACCUGAUGGAGUGGAGGUCCCAGCUCCUCUCGGGGACGCUGCCCAAGGACGAGCUGAAGGAGCUGAAGCAGAAAGUCACGUCCAAGAUCGACUAUGGCAACAAAAUCCUUGAGCUCGAUCUGAUUGUCAGAGAUGAGGAUGGGAACAUCUUGGACCCUGAUAACACCAGUGUCAUCAGCCUGUUCCACGCACAUGAAGAAGCAACUGAUAAAAUCACAGAGCGCAUCAAGGAGGAAAUGUCAAAAGACCAGCCUGAUUAUGGAAUGUACUCCAGGAUCUCUUCUUCCCCCACCCACAGCCUCUAUGUCUUUGUGAGGAACUUUGUGUGCAGAAUUGGGGAAGAUGCUGAACUCUUCAUGUCUCUCUAUGACCCCAACAAGCAAAUGGUCAUAAGUGAGAACUACUUGGUACGAUGGGGCAGCAGGGGCUUUCCGAAGGAGAUCGAGAUGCUCAACAACCUGAAGGUGGUCUUCACGGACCUUGGGAACAAAGACCUCAACAGGGAUAAGAUCUACUUGAUUUGCCAAAUAGUCCGUGUCGGGAAGAUGGAUCUUAAGGACACUAAUGCCAAGAAGUGCACGCAGGGGCUGAGGAGGCCCUUUGGGGUGGCAGUUAUGGACAUAACRGACAUCAUCAAAGGGAAAUCAGAGAGUGAUGAAGAAAAGCAGCACUUCAUCCCAUUUCACCCGGUCACGGCUGAGAACGACUUCCUUCACAGCCUCCUGGGCAAGGUCACAGCCUCCAAAGGAGACAGCGGAGGACAAGGCCUCUGGGUAACCAUGAAGAUGCUGGUGGGUGACAUCAUCCAAAUCCGCAAGGACUACCCACACCUGGUGGACAGGACCACUGUGGUGGCCAGGAAGCUGGGCUUCCCAGAGAUCAUCAUGCCAGGGGAUGUCAGGAACGACAUCUACAUUACUCUCUUACAAGGUGACUUUGACAAGUACAACAAGACCACGCAGAGGAAUGUGGAAGUGAUCAUGUGUGUGUGUGCCGAGGACGGCAAAACGCUACCUAAUGCAAUUUGUGUGGGAGCUGGGGACAAGCCCAUGAACGAGUAUCGCUCCGUUGUGUACUACCAAGUCAAGCAGCCACGCUGGAUGGAAACAGUCAAGGUGGCCGUCCCAAUCGAGGACAUGCAGAGGAUCCAUCUGCGAUUCAUGUUUCGACACCGGUCAUCCCUGGAAUCUAAGGAUAAAGGGGAAAAGAACUUUGCCAUGUCCUACGUGAAGCUGAUGAAAGACGACGGGACCACUCUGCACGACGGCUGCCAUGACUUGGUUGUCCUCAAGGGGGACAGCAAGAAGAUGGAGGAUGCCAGUGCUUACCUGACUCUUCCUUCUUAUCGACAUUAUUCGGAAAACAAGGGGGCCACCUUGAGCCGGAGCUCCAGCAGUGUUGGGGGGCUGUCCAUCAGCUCUCGAGAUGUGUUCUCCAUUUCCACCCUGGUGUGCUCCACAAAGCUCACCCAGAAUGUGGGCUUGCUGGGUUUGCUGAAGUGGCGCAUGAGGCCCCAACUGCUGCAAGAGAAUUUAGAAAAGUUGAAGAUCGUGGAUGGAGAGGAGGUGGUGAAGUUUCUCCAAGACACUCUUGACGCCCUCUUCAACAUCAUGAUGGAGCAUUCUCAAAGUAAUGAGUAUGACAUCCUCGUCUUCGAUGCCCUGAUCUACAUAAUAGGACUCAUUGCAGACCGGAAAUUCCAGCAUUUCAACACGGUCCUGGAGGCGUACAUUCAGCAGCACUUUAGUGCGACCCUGGCUUACAAGAAACUGAUGACGGUGCUGAAGACUUACUUGGACACCUCCAGCCGAGGGGAGCAAUGUGAGCCAAUCCUAAGAACUCUGAAAGCUUUGGAAUAUGUAUUCAAGUUCAUUGUUCGGUCGAGGACAUUGUUUUCACAGCUUUAUGAAGGCAAAGAACAGAUGGAGUUUGAAGAAUCCAUGAGGCGGCUCUUUGAAUCCAUCAACAACCUGAUGAAAAGUCAACAUAAAACCACCAUCCUUUUGCAGGUGGCGGCUUUGAAAUACAUCCCAUCUGUCCUCCACGAUGUUGAAACGGUCUUUGAUGCAAAGUUACUCAGCCAGCUCCUCUAUGAGUUCUACACCUGCAUCCCCCCUGUGAAACUGCAGAAGCARAAGGUUCAAUCCAUGAAGGAGAUCGUCCAAAGCAAUCUCUUUAAAAAGCAAGAAUGCCGGGACAUCCUGCUUCCUGUCAUCACCAAGGAGCUGAAGGAGCUGUUGGAGCAGAAGGACGAGAUGCAGCACCAGGUCCAGGAGAAGAAGUACUGCGUGGAGUUGCUCAACAGCAUCUUGGAGGUCCUCAGCGGCCAGGACGUGGCCUUCACCCACCACCACAUCCAAGAGAUCAUGGUCCAGCUGCUUCGCACRGUGAACCGGACGGUCAUCACCAUGGGCCGGGAUCACGUUCUGAUUGACAUAGACUGGCUGGUGCUGGGAGAUGAAGCCUUGUGUCUACAGUUCCGCAGCUGGUUGCUGAGGCAGGACGUGGACGUGGAYCAGGGACCUGGGAGCAUGGGGAGCCGCCCAGCCCCCUGA